CGGGAAUGCUGUGGUUAAACUAUUAAUUCUACAAUACACAAAGCAAUAACUAAAUCUUUCAUGUUUAUUAUUAUUGUGCUUCCUUUAAAGCAUCGACAUUUAAACCAAAGCCCUAAAAAGUAUCCUCAAUUUUGCUUUUUACCUUUUCUAUUUUCCGAGAAAGGCUUUGAUUAAGAAAGCCAUUAAUCCUGAAAGCAGUGCGCAGCGUGUAUAUAUUCCCCGAGUAACCAGAGCUCUCCCUCAAGAUUCUUUCAUAGCAGAUACCAUCAUAUGACCUAGCUCUUUGGCCUGGGUGGUUGAAAAAUAAAGGCUUUAGUAUAUAAUCACUUCUAAAGCAUUACUCUUUUUGUUCUUCGAACAAGCCUAUUGUAAUUGGAUGCGAGUUUCGUUUCCCUUGUUAGGUAUUCUAAGCAAUUGUUUAAGAUAGUUCAAAAAAGGCCUUGUCUCAGAUCAAGAACCCUCCUUUUUUUAACUUCCUUUAGUCUUCCUUCUGCUAUAUUUCAGCUUCCAUCACCUACUUGAUUCGUCAAGCAAUCUUGACCUGGUCUAAAACCCGGGUUUACGUAUCUACGCCAUCAAACUUACUUUCGCAAAAAUGCCUCGAGAAGCUUCCACACCAAGAAGCUGCGGCAAUAUUUAUAAUACGCCAGAGGAAGGAGAAAUUAUAGAUCCUGAGCCAUGCGCUGCCUAUCUUCCUCCCGGGGUAACAGAAGACAUUUAUAGAAGCGUUCGCAAUACUCCACCUCCAGGGAUUGUACGAGCAUACCCACCACAACCUAUAAGUUAUGCUGCAUACCGGAAGGCACUCGACAGAAAUGUUCGUGUCAUAACUAACGAUGAUGUAUCUGUAUUUGGUGACAUCGCCCACUACGUCGAGUAUGGAUUAGACUCCGCGGGACGACGCAUUGAGCUAUAUUUAACCUGUCACAUAUCGCAGACCGCAUUAGACGUGAUGUCAAGAACACCCCGCUCGAGGGAUCCCCAGGGCAUGUCGCUAUCGGAGCCUAUGGCAGUCUUGCCUUGUGGUCACUUUUUCGGCUUCAGGGGUAUUGAUGAUUGGACUCGAACUCGUUAUAACGAUAAUGUCAGCCCAGACUGCCCUUUAUGCCGCUUUCCUCUCAUCUACCCCCAGUGUGGCCACGAAAUAAGGAUACGACCCUACGACCCGCGCUUCACCCGUGACGGACAGCUCCCGUUAACUAUUCCUGAAGGGGGUUCUGUUCCUGAAUACUGCCUAAGAUGUCGUGUUGACUAUCUCAAGUUGAUAGGCCAGCAGGUAGCCUAUCAAAUAUAUCCCAAUGAUAUACCCUUUUCCGCGUUCAUACAACCGAAUCGAUGCGGGCCGGUCCAUUUCGAAAAUAAAAGGAUUGGGCUGCAAGAAUAUUUACUAGAUAUGGCCUUCAUGGCUGAAAGUGACUUCUCCCACUGGUAACUUAUGGUACCUACCUAGGUACUGACAGACAUUUAAGACAUAAAUGUCUGUCCGACAUAUAUAUAAUGUAAUAGAAUAAAAGCUAUUACGAAAAUACCUUUUAGUGGUGUAGCGGUUUGUUCAACAGGUACUUACCUCCCAGUCUAAUGGAUAUUGCUACAUGUGGUUUGAUGCGGUUAAUUGGCGAUUGCGGCCUUAUUAUCAACUCCCUAUGAUGAAGAAACCAGAAACGCACCUAAAUAUGCUAACUGCUGUUGCAUGUUUGUUUUCAAGGACUAGAAGGGAAAUGUUUUGAAAAUCCAUUUAACUAUCUCUUAUGUAGAAUUAUAUAACUGGAGGCAGCCCUGCGGGCUGCACAAUAUGCCC